AUGCCGCUACCCAAUCCGGAAUCGGGAAGCUCUCUGUUCAAGUCCAGUCCAGAGUUGCACGGGCUAGCUAUGGCAUUUGUUGGAAUGAACCUUGGAACUCCCGGCGCCACAACGCUGAAGACACAGCAAUACUAUGCGCGUAACCAGAUGGCAUGGCUUCUCGAGGAGGGUGACAAUAUUUCGGCCCUGGAGCCCACGAGCCGCUCGAUCAAACAAACCUUUGAUCGCCAUGGACCCAUGAGGGCACCUGAAGAUGAGGAAAUAUUGCAAACAAACGUCUUCCCCCCUCCGACCAGAUGGGAUCCCGAGGUCAUCAAAGAGCUGUGCUCUAUCAGAUGGGAGACCAUCAUCGAUCCUGACGCUUUGCCGAAGUUCACCAACCGGAUCGGAAGAGUUGACGGUGAACUGCUCUACCGUUGUGAGAUGACUUGCUCAGGUGAGUCAGUUGGCUUUGCCAUCUACCGCGAUGGCAAGAAGGAAGGCUCCAAGAGCGUUAAAGUCGAUUACAACACUCGUUGA